AUGUCUACACCCAACACCCUCAACCCAUUCUGGGCCCGCCCCAAGGCACCCAAGACGAAGCUGGGUAUACACCGUCAGCUCUCCCCGCUCGCCGGCAUCCACGUCUCGCCGCUCGCCCUCGGUGCGAUGAGCAUCGGCGAUAAAUGGGCCGCAAUGGGCAUGGGCCAGAUGGACAAGGCAAAUAGCUUCGCUCUCCUGGAUGCCUUCUACGAUGCCGGUGGGAACUUCAUUGACACCGCGAACGGCUAUCAGGACGAGACGAGCGAGAUGUUCAUCGGCGAGUGGAUGGAGAAACGUGGGAUCAGGGACCAGAUGGUCAUUGCAACCAAGUACACUACCAAUUACAAGCGCGGCGAGGAUAUCCCACAGAAGACAUCCUAUGUAGGCAAUAACAUGAAGUCGCUGCACGUUUCGGUCGAGGCGUCGCUUAAGAAGCUGCGCACGAGUUACAUUGACAUCCUCUAUCUCCAUUGGUGGGACUGGACGUGCGGAGUUGAAGAAGUCAUGAACGGCCUUCAUCAUCUCGUCGUGCAGGGCAAGGUGCUCUAUCUUGGCAUUUCGGAUACGCCGGCGUGGAUCGUGUCCAAGGCGAACAUGUACGCACGCCUCGCAGGAAAGACUCCCUUCGUCGUUUACCAAGGUGCAUGGAGUAUCCUCGAACGUGACUUCGAGCGGGAGAUCAUCCCUAUGGCACGACAGGAGGGUAUGGCACUCGCACCAUGGAACGUUCUCGCUGCUGGGAGAAUCAGGACCGACGCAGAGGAGGAGCGGCGAAAGAAGACGGGCGAGAAGGGCCGGACUAUCUUCGACGGCCGUUGGUUACGGACGGAGGACGAACGCAAGGUCUGCCUUGCACUUGAGAAAAUCGCAAAAGACGUGGGCGCGAAGAGUAUCACUGCUGUUGCGCUCGCGUACGUCAUGCAGAAGACGCCGUACGUCUUCCCGCUCGUCGGCGGGCGCAAGGUCGAGCACUUGAUGGACAACAUCGCUGCGCUCGAUAUUGCGCUGAGCCCUGAGCAAGUUGUGGAGCUGGAGAGCGUGCUGCCAUGCGAUCGCGGGUUCCCGUACGGCAUGAUUGGCGAUGAGUCGAGCUAUGCAGUGCUGUCUCAACAAGGGGGAUACUUUGAGAGGUGGCCUUUGCAGCAGGCGAUCAGGCCGAACCCGGGACAGAAGCUGUAA